AUGGCUGCUUUCGACUACUUCCUGUACGAGACGGGUGGCGCCGCCCGGCCGCCGUCGCUGCUCCUGGGCUUCUACGACUCCACCAGGCAGUCCGAGCGCGACAGGGACGCCGGCGAUGUUCCUACCCCCAACCCCAACGGCGUGCUGCGCCACGGCGAGGGCGAGGUCCUAGUGGCCCAGCUCGACGUCGCGCACGACACGGCGGAGCUGUGCGUGCUCAGCUCCGCCGCCGGCGAGUGGGUCCUCAGGCAGGUGCCCGUCGUAGACCAUGAGGGAGGCGGCCGCCUGCACCUGUGGCCCAAGAUCGCCGCCGCCGUGCCCGUCGGCAGCCGGUUCAUGUGCAUCGGCAGCCCGUCGGAGGCAGCUGGGCAACGGCGGGCUCGCUUGUACGGCGGGCUUGAGCUCCGAGCGACCUGCCUCCCCAACGACGCCGCCGACUCCCCCUCGCGGCACCGCAACCCCGUCGUGGCACCUCCCUCCCCAACGACGCCGCCUCUCCCGUCUUUUUCAAGGCUCGCCAAUCAGCACGGUCCUCGCCGCCCUCCACACCCGGCAUUGCCAAUCCGUGCCGUCAGUGCUGCCGCUCCGUCCCCGGCGCUGCUCCGGCCCCAGCCGUUGUUCGCCUCGCCGCCACUCCGUCCCCACCGCCACCGCGUCGCCCCAGGCAGAGGCAGGUGCCGGCGUCGCGAAUCCACGCCGUCCACGCCGCCACUCCGCCCCCGGCCAUCAUUGGCGUCGCUAUCCGUGCCGCCGCUCCGCCCCCAGCCGUCGGCGGCGUCGCCAUGGCGCCGCUUCUACCCGGCCUACGUUGUGCAGCCCGCCAACAAAGCAUCACAAGACCAGGAGGCAAGGGCUGUUCUGCUCACACUCCAUAGCCGAGGAGGCAAGGGCGAGAAGGCAGUGUUCAAAUUGGUGGAUCUGGAUGACUAUGCUCAGGAGGACAGAGUACAAGAAGCUGAAGAAGGAAACCGUAGUGCUCUUCUUCUUAGCAACUUAGCCCUUCGAUCAGGUUGUUGCCCAGCGGCACUGUAUCAAGCUGGAGAUGACUGCCAGAAGAACUAAUGUUGUACAAAUUUGAUCCAGUUAUUCAUGAAGGCAGAAGUGACAGGACGCAGCACGUGCUCUUGGCUGCUGCUCUACCAUUCAUCCCUGUUAUGGAUAAAUUAUUACUUUAUCCAAUAAGUGAGCAAGGUUGCAGGGAAUAGCUUUUCUACCUAUGUACUGUGGUCUGUGGUCUUUUCCUAGCCGAGAUGCAUAUUGCUUUUGCAAUUGGAAUUGGUAUAUUUAGAGAAGUUACCUGACAUUACCUCUUCUACUGUGUCAUACUCAAGAAAAAAGGUGCAAAUGCAUCAAGGUUCAUAUUACAUAAAGUAGCUGCCUCCAAAUUUUUGGGGCCAAUUAAAUGUCAAAGUUGACCCAAAUGGUUGCAAAAUCAUGCCUGAAAAUGAUACGGAGUGAUGUUAUCUGAACUUGGUUGAACUCUUA